GUCACCAUGUUGAACCAAUCGCCAAAGUUGUUGAACACCGAAAGAAGAGAUGUGCUGCUGUGCAGAUGUAUGAUUAACGGCGGUGUUGAACUAUCGGUCGAGCAGCCUUUCUUAUGGGGAGGCUGAGGUCUUUUGGAGCGAUAUUUUUGGCACCUUAAAACGGCGAGGACUUGGGGAAAGUCAGUCAUAUUAGGCACGAGUUCCCUGAGGCCGGAAUAUAGCUGCGAAUGCGACAUCCUGACCCUCUUGUAGCUUAAUACAGACUCUGUCUGUAUUGGAAAGUAAUUGAUUCGAGUCGUCAUCGUGACUGUCGAGCUGGAUCGUUCCAGCGACCUGCUCCUGGGCCCAAUGGCCAACAAUGGGGCCUACCACAAUGAGAGGCUUGGAAGAGUAGAUGAGGAUAAAUUACAAGGAAGUAAUUCUGUUACAAAGAAGAGGAGGACCAGAAGUCAAGGUCGGAACGAGCUUAGACGAUCACUGAGUGAGCGUCAUGUCAACAUGAUAACAUUCUCCGCGACCAUCGGCAUUGGACUCUUUCUCCAGUCUGGUAAAAUCAUGUAUCUGAUUGGGCCUGGGGGGGCGGUUCUGGCGUACUUGAUAAUGGGGACUUUGUUGUGGUCUGCUAACGCCUCAUUGGGAGAGAUGACUGCCAUUUUCCCUGUUAAAGGUCCCAUAAUCGAUUUCCCCGCUCGGUACCUUGAUGAGAGUAUUGGAUUCGCUGUUGGUUGGAUGGCCUGGUUCGCAUACAUAAACUUGACCGCAACUGAAGUCUCGGCCGUAGCAUCAACCUUUAAGUUCCAGUUUGAUCCGGCCUACCUCCAGUCAGUCAAUUAUCCUCUAGAUCAGCUACAAUGGACAUUUGGUCUCAACACCGACCCCGCGGUCUGGAUCGGAAUGUGUCUCCUCGCUAUUCUUAUCAUCAACCUCCUUCCUGUCCGAGUAUAUGGCGAGAUCGAGUAUGUUUUUGGGACCAUCAAAAUCGUUGUCAUUACCGGCAUUAUUAUGAUGCAGGUGAUCCUCAACGCACGAAAUCCCAACGGAAAUACAGACGCUGGGGCCUUUACAUUCUACCAAUCGCCAUGGGGGUUCUUCUCCAAUCAGACAAUUACAGACCCUCAAGGUAACCGGACAUACACUUUCACAGGCGGUACUGGGAGACUUGUCGGGAUGUGGUCCGCCAUGAACACGAUAUUCUUUUCUCUUCAAGGCUUCUUUACAGUCUCUGUUACUGCAGCUGAGAAUAAACACCUUGACAGGGACGAAACCAUCAAACUAGCCAGCCGCAAGAUUGCUCUGCGAGUGAUCCUCCUCUACACUCUCAUCGUCUUCACAGUCGGACUCAAUGUUCCUUACAAUGAUAUAAAUUUACAAGACCAGACUAUCAGCUCCAUUCGUCGGGGACAGAAUUCACCUGUCAUCAUAUCCUGUGUGCGGAAUGGAGUUACUGGAUGGCCUCAUUUCUUCAAUGCCUUUUAUAUCUUCUCUGCAUUCUCGACUGGAAUCAAUGGGUUGUAUAUUUCUAGUAGGCUGUUGCAUGCCCUAGCUAGUAUCAGGAAUGUAUGGCCAACAACUGGGUGGGGAAACAAUAUCAAAAUGCGCCUGGAGAAGACAAACAGUAAGGGUGUGCCUGUUAAUGCGGUGCUCGUGAGCUGGGUAUUUGCGUUCUUGGGAUUCUUGGCGGUUAAGCCUGAGCCUCAAAAGCUCCUUGGACGUUUGGCCAUCUUCUCAACCUGUUCCAUGCUCAUAGUCUACAUCUGCACAUCCGCGUCAUUUCUCUCCUUCAAACGUCUUACCAUAAACGGCGACUCCGACGAAGGAGUCCUCAUCUCUACUCCCGACGGUACUUUUCUAAACCGCAACGCAUCCGACUAUCCAUACAAAUCCCACGGACAAUGGGUUCGUGCAGCCUAUGCAACCACCGGCUGCGCCCUCCUUGCUACCUUUAACGGGUGGCGCUCCUUCUUAAGCCCUUUCUCCCAUGCGGACUUUCUGGCUGCGUAUAUGGCGAUUCUGGUUUUUGUGAUUUUGGUGGUGUUGUACCAUUUGAAGGAUGAGUCGGAGUGGAUGCCCUGGCACUGGGGAAUUAGGAGAACCAUGGAUAUUGGGAAUCCGGUGGCGACGAGGGAGAAGGAUCCGCAGAUGAGGAAGGGGAGAUUGCAUAGAGUUGAUAAGGAGGUGGUGUGGAGUUGGGGAAAUACGAGGGCAUUUUUUGUUUGGGUUUGGGUUUGGCUGAAAUAAGUAGUGGGUGUCUAGGACAAAGCUCGGAACAGGAUGACUUGAUACCCUUUUGUUCUUAGCUGUCGAGAGGAACCGGGCUCGGGAGGUGGAGGGGAAGCGAUCACUGAGCAUUUGUAGACUCAGACCAGAUGUGGUUUUUGCACGACGAGCCUUAUCCAGAUGAUAAGAAGAUUAUGGAAGCUGUCGAGAAUGAAUUGAGGGUAUGUCUAGGUUUGGCGGGUGCAAUGGCCCUUUUUGAUUGCUUUAUCAUAGGAUAUUCCAGGCUUGGCAACGAUUGGC